AUGGGCUACAAGUUUCUAACUCAUGUGCAGAAGGAUACACUACCGCUUGUGCUGGAAGGACACGAUGUACUGGCUAAGGGCAAGACUGGCAAUGGUAAGACGAUUGCAUUUUUAUUGCCAAUGAUUGAGCGUAUGAUCAAGCAUCGACAGUCAAAGCAGGACAAGAUUUCAGCUCUUGUGAUCUCUCCAACUCGUGAAUUGGCUCAGCAGAUUACAGUCGAAGCCGUGAAGCUCACAAAUGCCCAUGCAUUACGCACACGUUGUUUUGUGGGUGGAAGCUCAGUCAACAAGGAAGUGAAGGAACUAACGCAAUCAGAUGGCAUUGAUAUGCUCGUGUGUACACCAGGACGACUACAAGCGCAUUUAGAAGAUAACAGUGGACGCAUUAGACAGAAGCUGAAUAAUCUUCAGGUGCUAGUUCUGGAUGAAGCUGACCGUCUACUGGACAUGGGAUUCCGACCUGAAAUCAUGCGAAUUAUUAACCAUUUGCCGAAAGAGAGACAGACGCUUCUCUUUAGUGCGACGUUGCCAGCAGCGACCGAAGAGCUUAAGAACGUGGCUCUUCGUGAUGAUUACAGGUUUGUGGAUACGAUUGAAGGAGAUGAUCAACAGACGAACUCACAGGCUGUGCAGGAGUACGUUGUGUGUGACUUGCAAGACGUUAUUCCGGUUGUUGAAGACGUGUUGGAAGACUACAUGAAGCUACCUGCAUACAAGGUCAUUGUAUUCUUGCCUACGGCACGUGCGGCGCAGUUUAUGGCACAACUUUUUCAGGCUGCGGGUUUCCCAAACGUGCUAGAAAUGCAUUCGCGUAAAAGUCAAUCAGCACGCACCAAAGCCGCUGACGCCUUUCGCAAAGGUAAGAAGAUGAUCAUGUUUUCAUCUGAUGUAUCGGCACGUGGCGUCGACUACCCAGACGUCUCGUUGGUUUUACAAGUGGGUCUUACGGAUCGUGAUCAGUAUAUUCACCGCCUAGGACGAACUGCUCGUGCAGGGAUGGAAGGACGUGGCAUUCUGGUGCUGGCUAACUUUGAAAAGGCUUUGCUUUGUGAUCUGGCUGACCUGCCGCUCGCGGAACUCAAACGGCAACCUCAGCUUGAUGGGAAGGAGCACCGAACCGCACGUGUCCUGGCCGAUAUUCGUCCCCUGAGUGCGCUUGAGAAAUCGGCAGAGAAAGCUUAUGCUGCAUUUCUAGGAUUCUACAACUCGAAUCUCAAAAAGCUCCGCAUGUCCAAGACGCAGCUUGUCGAGACCGGUGCGCUUUACAGCCAGCUUAUUGGACUGGAAGAAGUACCGAUGUUGCAGAAAAAAACUCUGCGAGCGAUGGGAUUAAUGGAUGUUCCAGGUCUUAGUGUUGCCCCCAAAGCAGCUAGAGUAGCAGGAUUCAAGCCAAAAGGUGCUGGCGGGAAGCAACACAGAUUGGCUAGCGAAGAACAGGGUAGCUAUCAAUCGCUUCACAGCCGAAAGAAGCGAGAUAGUCAUGAGGGCAACGACAGGCGUGGGAGAAGGUUGCGGAGAACGUCAUUUAGCAAUGACGAACCCAAGUCUCCUCGCGCUGAGCUGCACUUCAAGGGCAACCGCAGCAGUCGUAGCACCUCGUCAAGCAACAGGCAAGAAGCGCGCACGUAUGGACGCAAGCGUUUUGGUAGUGCGGCAGCCAAGUAA